GAGCUUCUUCAAAGGGUUGAUGCCCAUUGACAUCAAUUGCGUGGUUGCCUCUAGACUAUUUAACCUGAAGCCUCUUCAAGUCGUCUUUCCAUCUCAGGAAGAUCCCGACAGCCCACUUGUUGAUUUGGAUCUACAUCUUCCCUUCCUUUGCUUCAAACCGGAACAGAUUUUACAGAUAAUUACUUGUAUUUUAACUGAACGGAAAAUUGUCUUCUUCUGCUCUGACUGGGCCCUGCUGACCCUGGUAUCCGAAUGUUUCAUGUUGUACAUCCAUCCCAUUCAGUGGCAACACACCUUUGUACCAAUCCUGUCUCAUCAGAUGCUGGAUUUUGUCAUGGCACCCACCUCCUUCCUGAUGGGGUGUCACAUCGAUCACUUUGAGGAAGUUUGCAAGGAAGCUGACGACUUAAUUCUAAUUAACAUCGAUACUGGCGAUAUCGCUCAAUCCAAGUCCUCUGAAGAGGCGACCGACAUUCCAGAUGUGCCAGCAGAGGCAGCCAGAGUUUUUAUAACGCGAUCUGAAAGCCUUCAGCUGCACUAUGACCUGGAACUCUCCCACCUGGGAACCUCCACCGACUUCCUUGAAAUACAAGGGCGCCGGAGAACUUGGCAACGGAAGCUGAAUUCUGAAAUUCAGCAGAUCGCCCUGCAGUUCGUCGUCAAUAUCUUCAGAGAGGUGAAGGACCAUUUGAACUACGAACACAGAGUAUUUAACAGUGAAGAAUUCUUAAAAACAAGAGCAAUAAACGAUCAGCUUUUUUACGGAAAGGUACUGGAAACGUACAUGUUUCACGCUUUUCUCAAAGCCCGCCUUAACCGAAGGAUGGAUGCUUUUGCUUACCUAGAGCAGAGCACCCAAAACGAAGAAGACCGGUUCAACUUCCUGGUUGGUAAUCCGAGAAGGCUAACGAUGGAGAAAAUGAUUUCUCAAAGGUUUAAUCCUCAGUACAUGCUCAGCAGGCGCAUGGGGAUGAGUUUGCCUAAUCUGCACGACAUUAGGCCUAACGAUGGCCCAACUAGGAACGCAUCCCUUCGAAGUAUAAACACUACACAAGCUAAAAGAUCCAUUUCAAAACCCAUCAGCACUUUCAGGAUUCCAGAAAUCCACUUCCCACUGAUGGGUCAGUGUGUCCAGACCUAUUACGUCGAUUUUACUAACCAUCUGAGCAGAGCGAUCGCGAUUUUGUCACCGGAGAACUCUGCGCUCCUAGCGAGGUAUUUCUACCUUCGGGGACUUAUAAGUCUGAUGCAAAAAAAAUUCCUAAGUGCCCUUUCGGACUUCCAAAAUCUGUACAAGACAGACAUCAGGAUAUUCCCGACGGAGCUUGUGAGAAAAUUGAUAGAAAACCUCCCACCCCUGGAUCGCUCCCAGGCAGAUCAGAAGCCCGAACUGAAGAGAUUGAUCAGUUACCUAAUGGACAAACAAAGAGAGGUCAUCAAAACCGAUGAUCACGUGAAGAAAUUUGAGUUGCCCAAAACUCACAUGCAGGUGGAGGACUUUGUAAAGCGCAUCCAGGAAUCUGGGAUUGUCAAAGAUACUGACACCAUCCAUCGGUUGUUUGAUGCAUUAACCGUAGGGCAGCAAAAACAAAUUGACCCGGAAACAUUUAAAGACUUUUAUACCUACUGGAAAGAAACAGAAGCAGAAGCCCAAGAUGUGAACCUACCUCCACGAGUAAUAGAACACCUGGACAAAAACGAGUGUGUUUAUAAGUUAUCCAACUCGGUAAAAACUAAUAAAGGAGUUGGGAAAAUCGCACUGACACCGAAGCGCCUGUUCCUGUUGACGGAAGGAGCCUAUCCCAGCUAUCAAGACAUCGCAGCGUUCAGAGAUAUAGAGGAAGUGAAAAACUCCACCGUUACUUUUCUGCUCCUCAAGAUUCCUACCCUGAAGAUAAAAGUGAAGUACAAGAAGGACGUUUUUGAAGCCAAUCUGAAGUCGGAGUGCGAUCUUUGGCACUUGAUGGUGAAAGAGAUGUGCGCCGGGAAGAAAAUGGCAGACGACCACAAGGAUCCACAGUAUCUUCAACAAGCCCUCACCAACGUUCUUCUGAUGGAUGCGGUGGUAGGCUCCCUGCAGUCGUCCAAAGUAAUCUACGCAGCUUCAAAGCUCUCUUACUUUGACAGGAUGAAGAACGAAGUGCCCAUGAUGGUCCCCAAAACAACGACUGAAACACUAAAGCACAAGAUCAACCCAUCGGCUGGCGAAACAUUCCCACAAGCAGUGGAAGUCUUGCUCUAUACACCAGGCCAGCUUGAAUCCACAGAAAAACACGGAGAUGCUCAUCCAAAACUGUGGUGUGCUUUGAACGGAGGGAAGGUGGUGGUCUUUGAUGCAUCCUCGUGGUCUCUGCAGCAUUCUUUCAAAGUGGGGAGCUCUAAGCUG